AUGGGCUGCUCUCGCUGCCCCGUGCCGCCGCUGCCGCUUGCUAGGAGGGUCGUCGUCACGUGCACGGGGCUCUUCGGCGAUGGUGAGCCGGAGCUGGGUUUGUCAACGGUAGAGGAGCAACCUGCCUCUGCCGGCGGUGGGGGGGUGGGUCCUCUUUCUGGAGUCCAGCAAUGGAGCAGUCAGAGGAACUGCGACAGUUGUCAUCUCUGGUGCAGCAAACAACAGAAGCAGCAUUCAAGGCGGAAGCCGUCAGUGAGCUCAGUGCUAGAUAGUGUUACCAGGGAGUAUCCUUCCACCAAAAUGCCUGAAGCUUUGAGUUGUUUUGUGCAAUGCAACAUUCCAUUGGGAAUGCAGGGAAAAGUUCAUAUGAGCAAGGUAUGUAUCUCUGGUUUUCAGGAAGAAGGAUAUGAAGACAUACGGGGAGAAAUUGAGAUGCUGCAGCAAUGCAGACGUCCAAAUGUUGUCCGCUACUUUGGAAGCUAUCAAGGAGUGAAAUACCUAUGGGUACAAUCAAAUAGCCUUAUAUCCAUUUUAUUAAUAACAUUAAGAAAUAGAGAAACUAUUCUAUCAUUGAGAGAGUGCUAA